GUUAACCCCUUCGUUUUUUUGGACCGAGUUAACGACUCACUUAGCUGCAGCUCAUUUUGCUAAACCUCCAUGUUUGGAGCUGAGUCAAGGUAUGUUUUAAUGAAUUUUUAAGGUUUUUUUUUUCAUUAGAAAAUCGUAAGUGUUGGGGUUUUAGUUCUUAAAAUAUUUACAAAAUGUAUUUAAAGGAAGGCUGUUCUCUGUUAUUAAAAGUUCAAAAACCUUUAAUUCCAUUUGUUUUAAACACAAACCCAAUUUUAAAACCUGAAAACAAACCUCAAUAUCAAGAAAUCAAAUCCCUAAUCAAAGAAUUUGAUGUCAUUCAGAGGUUAAAAUCUGAACCCAACAUUUUAUUAGCUCUUGAUUACUUCAAAUCAAUUGCUAAUUCCAAAGCUUUUCAACACACUCAAUUAACUUACCAAAUCAUGAUUGAGAAACUAUGCCUCGAAUGCGAUGUCGACAGCGUUCAAUAUGUUCUACAGCAAAUGAAAGUAGAAGGAAUUUGCUGUAGUGAGGAUUUGUUUAUAAGUGUGAUUAAUAGUUUUCGUCGAGUCGGAUUAGCUGAGCAGGCAUUGAAAAUGUUUUAUAGGAUUAGGGAAUUUGGGUGUAGACCGUCGGUUAAGAUAUAUAAUCAUGUUUUGGAUGCGUUACUUAGUGAAAAUCGGUUUCAAAUGAUUAAUCCGGUGUAUAGUAAUAUGAAGAGAGAUGGGACGGAACCAAAUUUGUAUACGUAUAACAUUCUUUUGAAGGCGUUGUGUAAGAAUAAUAGGGUUGAUGGAGCUUGUAAGUUGCUUGUUGAAAUGUCGAAUAAAGGAUGUGAGCCGGAUGUGGUUAGCUAUACUACUAUUGUGUCUUCGAUGUGUAAGCUUGGUAAGGUCGAGGAAGCUAAGGAGCUUGCUACGAGAUUUCAACCAUGUGUGUCGGUUUAUAAUGCUCUGAUAAAUGGGUUUUGUAGAGAUUACAAAAUAAAGGAGGCAUUUCUUUUGUUAGUUCAAAUGGUGGAUAAAGGAAUUGAUCCUAAUGUCAUUACUUAUUCGACAUUAAUCAACUCUCUUUCAGAUACGGGGAACGUGGAAUUGGCUCUUGCGGUUUGGGCGAAGAUGUUUGUCAGAGGUUGUAGCCCUAGUGUUCACACUUUUGCUUCUUUGAUGAAGGGCUAUUUCAAGGGCGGGAGAGUGCGUGAAGCACUAGAUAUAUGGAAUAGAAUGUCUCAAGAAGGAUUUGAGCCAAAUGUUGUUGCAUAUAACUCUCUUAUACAUGGUCUCUGCUGCCAUGGGAAAAUGAGAGAAGCUGUAUCUGUUUCUUGUAAAAUGAAGAACAACGGCUGCUCCCCAAAUGUUUCCACUUACGGUGCUCUUAUUGAUGGUUUUGCAAAAGCUGGUGACUUAGAUGGUGCAUCUGAGACGUGGAACAAGAUGAUGACUGCUGGCUGCGUUCCUAAUGUUAUAUUGUAUACUUCCAUGGUGAAUGUCCUCUGUAGGAAUUCUAUGUUCGACCAAGCGACAUCUCUUAUAGACAAAAUGUCAAUUGAUAAUUGUCCUCCAAAUACUGUUACAUUCAAUGCAUUUAUCAAAGGUUUAUGUCGCGAUGGAAGAGUAGAUUGGGCGAUGAAUUUGUUGAGUCAGAUGGGGAAUUAUGGAUGUUCGCCUAAUGUCACGACAUAUAAUGAACUACUGGAUGGUCUUCUAAAGGAGAAUAGAAUAAACGAAGCUUUUAAACUUGUUAGGGAGAUGGAAGAGAAGGGGAUCGAGCUGAAUCUCGUAACUUACAAUACCAUGUUGGGUGGAUUUUGCCAAUUUGGAAAGUUAAAAGAGGUUUGGAAGCUUCUGGGGACAAUGCUGGUAAGAGGCAUAAAGCCUGAUGCCACAACAUACAACACUGUAACUUAUGCUUACUGCAAGCAAGGCGAGGUUAAGACUGCCAUCCAGCUCGUAGACAAGCUAACAGUAGGAGGAAAAUGGGUUCCAGAUGUAAGUGCAUACACCAGUCUUUUAUGGGGGAUCUGUAAUCACAUUGGGAUAGAUGAAACUAUUGAUUAUCAGGAAAAGAUGUUGGAUAGAGGUAUCUGUCCCAAUGCGGCGAUAUGGAAUGCGUUGGUCAGGGGCUUGUUUGAUAGCUUAGGUCAUAUGGGGCCAUUUUGCAUUCUGGACGAUAUUCUGGAUUGUGGGUGAGAUGCACCAUUUCAAUAGACAUAUAUACCACUUAGCCAUCAAGAGUAUACAUUGAACACCCAACAGGUACUCUUGUGAGAUUUUUGUUAGACCGAAUCGCGUGCAGGUGCUGAGCAGGGUACCUCAUUAGGAACAACUGUAAGGUUAAUUUGCCGCUUUCAUAACAGAGAUGGGUGUAACGGCUGGCAUAGAAGUGUCUUGCACCCCUUGCGUCAAGAUUCUUUUCUUCUCUCGGGAACAAAACAAUGGAGGGCACUGCCUUAUCAGAUACAUAGCAGGCAACUCACUGAGGAUUAAAUAAUGCUUGUGAUUGUGGAAGCCAUGCUUAGAAAGCAAAUAAUACACUGCUUCCUCCUAAAUCGGUCCUUUUGCCCUGAAACGUGCAGGUUGAUGCACCUAUAUCCACCAUGGUUGUAUGAAGGGGUGGACCCAGUCAUUUCAGCGUUUAUGUUUCCGACUUCCGUACGACAUAGACAAACAAUGAGGCCAAUGCUUGAAGCCGCAAUCGUUGCUUUCACACCUGAUAAAGUCUCAUGGGGUAUUGGAUAGAGGUCAGAUUUUUUGUUUGAUUGUAAGCUAGAUCCAAAUGGUCCUAUUUAGGGAUUGAUAUUGCUUUACAUGGUGUGCAAUAUUUCUCUCCUUUUUCAUGCAAUGUAUCCUUUUUUUCCUUGUUAAUUAAUGAUGUUAUGGAAAGUGUUGAAGGCAUGAAAAUAUUGCAUUGGUCAUGCUA